AUGCCCUCACUCUUCUUCCGCCACCGCCUCGCGCAAAGACUUCUGCUCCCGGCCGCAUUUGUUGUGGCUUGUUCUCUCGCUGUGAACGCAGCACAGGCCGACAGCGAAACUGCCCUGCCCUACGGUCCGGGCGUCGCUAAAAUCAACGUCGCAGACGAGCGGCCCGAAAGAUCGCUUUCCGGUGACAUCUGGUUUCCGACGCCAACACCUGGAAAGCACAGCCGCGCAGACAAGAGCAAGGUCUGGCAAAUGGCGCUUGCCGACACGCGUGGCACGGUCGCCGAUGGCACAUUUCCGCUGGUGGUGGUUUCACACGGCAUGUACGGCAAUACGUUCAAUCAGGCCUGGCUUGCAUCUGAACUUGCACGCCGUGGAUAUGUCGUUGCAAUGAUCAACCAUCCCGGGACCAGCACUUUCCUGCGCGACGCGGACCAAGCCCGUGAAUUGUGGCAGCGGCCCGUCGAUCUUUCCAGGCUGAUCUCUUUUCUCAUUGACGAGAGCGAAUAUGCGCCCGUCAUCGACCGGAACAGGAUAUACGCCGCGGGUCAUUCGCUGGGCGGCUUCACGGUGAUGAUGCUGGCGGGUGCGGAAUUCGACAACGCCCGGUACAGGACCGUGUGCGAUGGCCAAGACCUUCCCGUGGCCUGUGAAGUUCUGAGCGGCUGGUCUGUCGCGGAAACGAAAGACGAUCAGGCCGAAAUGGCAACUUCCCGGAAGGAUGACAGGAUCAGCAAAGUCAUCAGUCUGGAUCUUGGCGGCACUCCCGUCUUCUCUCGAGACAGUCUUGCCCGGUUUGACAUACCGGUCCUGGUGCUGGGUUCCGGACGUGCAGACAUGCUGAACCAGGAGAUCGAAUCCCGUGCGCUCGCAACUGCCCUGCCAGGGGAAAAAGUCAAACACCUUGAACUGCCGGAUGCAGGCCACUUCGACUUCAUGGGAGUGUGCAAGCCGGAAGGUUAUGCCAUUUUGGAAGAACACGAGCCUGGCGAUGAAAUUGUCUGCAUCAAGGGACAUCGCGAGCGUCAAUCGCAGCAUCAGCGCAUCUUGAAGGAAAUACUGACUUUUCUGGACAAGUGA